AUGACCGAAAGAUUCGAUGGUUUCGAAUACAGUACAAAAGAUGUGAUAGGUCAUGGCGCGUUCGCAAUCGUUUAUAAGGGAAGGUAUUCGGAUAGACCAGACGUUCCGGUGGCAAUCAAAGCGAUUGCAAAAAAGAAUAUCGCUAAAUCAAAAAAUUUACUCACCAAAGAAAUAAAAAUCCUGAAGACUUUGAGUGGUCUGCAGCACACUAAUCUCGUAGCUUUGCUGAAAUGUACAGAAACGGCGACACAUGUCUAUCUUGUUAUGGAAUUUUGCAAUGGAGGCGACUUAGCUGAUUACCUCAGUCAGAAAACCACCCUUCAAGAAGAUACAAUACAUCAUUUUGUUGUUCAGAUAGCUCGUGCAUUGGAAGCGAUCAACAAGGAGGGCAUUGUUCAUCGUGAUCUCAAACCGCAAAAUAUCUUGUUAUGCAAUCCUACACGUCAAUCAAAUCCACCAGCUAGCGAACUCAUCAUCAAAUUGGCUGAUUUCGGGUUUGCUCGGUUUCUUUCCGAAGGAGUCAUGGCGGCGACAUUAUGUGGAUCUCCUAUGUACAUGGCUCCUGAGGUCAUUAUGUCGCUACAGUAUGAUGCCAAAGCCGAUCUUUGGUCUAUUGGUACGAUUCUGUUCCAGUGUUUGACGGGAAAAGCGCCGUUCCAGGCUCAAAAUCCUCCGCAGCUGAAAGCCUACUACGAAAAAAAUCGUGAACUGAAACCGAAUAUCCCUGACUAUUGCUCACCUGCAUUAAGGGAUCUUCUCUUGCGGUUAUUGAAAAGGAAUGCCAAGGACCGUAUAACCUUUGAGGAUUUUUUCAAUCACCCGUUCCUCCAUCAGCCUCCAGCCACGAGCCCAUCGAAGCGAAUUCUUGAUGCUGCUUCGCCAAUGGUUGUUCGCCGUAUGAUUCAAUCACCAUCCUCGUCUGCAUCACCAUUACCCGCUCGUGGAUCAACGUCACGCCUGGAAAGCCCACAACCGACACGGCGAACUGUCAAGGUGAGGAUCUUGUACCACCCAAGCUUCCUUCCUGUCAGACUAAUGUUCUCUGUGCAAGUGCAUACAUCUUCAUCUCAAAUGCCGACUGCUCCAGUGAAAGCUGUACCGGUUCCAAGUCAACGAAAUGCUUUCACAAAAAUCGAGGUUUGUUCAAAGCGCAUCUUGAUCGAUAGAAAUAUGUUUGUUUUUUUUUACCUCAUGCAACUGUUUUUCAAGAUUCUGGCCAAGUUACGCUUUGUUGUGGAACUGGUGGACACCUUAGUGCAAGUUGCAGAGCAAAAGGAUAAUCCACUACAACUUCUAUCAAAAUUUCUUAAUUUUUCUGGUCUGCCGUUUUUUGGAACGUCUAGCAGUUGGUCGUUUAUGUGCGAGCCUUGCACAUGUUGUCAUAAUUUCAUUUCGAAGUCGCUUUUGAAAGAAAGGUCCCAAGAGUUGGCGUCACUCGGUUUGCCCGGACAGGAUCCGGCAAUGGCUGUCAUUUCCGCGGAACGAAUCAUGUACAAGCACGCCAUUGAGCUCUGCCAAACAGCAGCUUUGGAUGAAUUAUUCGGAAAUCCACAGUUGUGUAGUCAAAGAUACCAAACGGCUUAUAUGAUGUUGCACACAUUGUCCGAGCAAGUGCACAGCGACCAGGAUCGUAAUGUGUUGUCUCGUUACAAGAACGCCGUCGAGAAAAGACUUCGUAUAUUGGAACGGCAAGGUUUUGUUACCGCUGUUAAUACGUGCUGA